UCCACUUGAAGUGAGGAUGAGCGUCAAGAAGUACAUCCAUCCGAGAAAUAAGUACAAACGACCGCCGGACUACAAACAACUCGCGGUUUUGUAUCCGGAGUUUUGCCGAAUUGCUACGAUGGACUUCGCGGGUAAACUCAGGAUCAACUUCAAAGACAGGAAGACCCUGCACGUGUUUACAGAGACUCUUCUGAAACAUGACUUCGGUCUGCACGUGAGCAUCCCAGCGGACAAUCUGAAUCCGGCGAUCCCGCUGCGCCUGAAUUAUAUAUUGUGGAUGGAGGAUUUGAUGGCUCAUUCCAAAUUGGAGAUGGACAAGGUGAAGGGCAUCGACAUAGGGACAGGCGCGGUUUGUAUAUACGCCCUAUUGCUAGCAAAAAUUUACAAGUGUCGCAUGAUUGGUACGGACGUGGAUAAGAGAAGUGUGGAGUACGCCCAGAAAUGUAUAAGGACAAAUGAACUGCAAGAUUUAAUUGAAAUAAUUACAGUGAACUCCGAUAGAAUUUUUAAGGACGUGGUGCGAGACGGCGAAGAUUACGACUUCUCGAUGUGCAACCCGCCGUUUUUUGAGAGCGAGGACGCCGGCUUCGAAAGAAUCGCCAAGGCUCUGCCACCGAGAAACGCGCCCACUGGAAGUGACGGCGAGCUGAAAAUCAAGGGUGGCGAGGUGGGCUUCGUGACGAGGAUGAUCGAGGAGAGUGUCGAGGUGGGAGAUCGAAUACGGAUCUACAGCACAAUGAUCGGCAAGAAGGCCGACCUCGUCGGUUUAAGACGAUUGCUAAGAUCGAAGGAUAUAAAGAAUAUGACCUGGACGGAAUUCUGCCAGGGGCACACAACGCGGUGGGGUUUGGCUUGGAGCUUCCUACCGCAAAGUGUUGUAAAUCUCGCCACGGCACCUGUCAUCAGAAAACGCGGGAAGUCCAUGGUGCACUCGUUAAAGAAUUAUAAAACUUCGAUAACGUUUCCGGUGAACGAUAAAUUCUCUUGUAUAGAUGAUAUAAUCAACUUUUUAAGAGCAACGGCGGAAGAGUUAAACAUUCUAUUGCAAGACCUGCCCGUCCCUGAAGACAGUUUGGACUGGGCGUGUAAAAUAACUGCUAGAGAAAAAUCAUGGGUGCAUAUGCGCAGAAAGCGGCGUUUAGCGCAACGGAUUGCGUUGAAACGAACGAGGGGCGAAGAUGGCGAGUGUAUCGAGAUGAAUACGUGCGCUGGAGAAACUUCGAUUAAAACAGAAAACGAUACGAAGGAUCCACACGAAGAAAGCCCUGAUAAAGUAUUACCCGACAAAGAUGGUCCCUUGCUCGUUUGUAAGCUCUGGGUAGAGACUGAAAGCUCUGAUGAUUCUCAGGAUGUAAUUACGCAACCUGACGAGAUGUUCAGGAUAUGGAUGGUGUUCGAAAAUGGGUAUGGUGGUUUGGACGCAUUACAUUCGUUGCGACAGUACCUGAUAAACAACCUGGGAGUGAGAGAAAAACAGAAAAGGUUAAAAAGAACGGAAGAGUCGCCACUUCAGUCGCAGUCCGGCAAUAAAAAGGAUUUGGCGAGCGAUAAACGGGAUGCAGAAGAUUCCAAAGGUUCUUAAUUAGAUCACCGUGUUAUUUAUAAAACAAUUUAUUCCAUGCAACAUGUUAAAGAAAGUCUGUAACAGGAUACUAUAUGUAAAUUAAGUUUGUAACGUUCUUUUUCUUUCAUGAUAUAUGUAAAGUCUGUGUAAUUUUAUUUGUAAUAUAAUAUAUUUCCCCCCUUAUAUAAUUAUUAUUACUUCUCUCUUUAUAGUACAAUUUGGCUAAGUGCAAUGCGGUAAUUUGUCAUUACGAUUAUUCUUGCGAUGCGAGAAAGAGUCCGUGAAAGAGACGGUGACAGAGAUUGACUGAAUCGAUCGAUCGAUAAAUUGAUCCGGGCUUUUUUUUUAUUGUCACCGCAGAAACACUGUCGUUGUGCUCUCUUCAGGCCUGAAAUUUCGCAUAAAAUCUACGAAGGCUGCAGCGGGAAUAAUCAGCACUAUUUUCUUCAAUAAUUAAAAACCUCACGAUACGGCUACUAUCGGACUAUCGAUAUCGCGGUACUGCUCUUCGGUCGAGCCGCGGCGAGAGAUUACGAAUCGGGCCGCGGAUAGAUCCCUGGAGCAGGCGAAAUAAAUUAUAUUAUAGAAUAUUAACAGUGGGAUGUAACAAUCGGUUCUUUUACUUAUGACUUUAAUACUAUAAUCGCGAAACUUGUAAAUCAGCUACGACGCACAAUGACUCGAUUAACAAUUGGCCAUUGCAUCCUUAAUUACGAAUAUGAUCGGAUAACAAUAUCAUUCGCUAUAUCAAAUUAUUAUCACCAUCAUUCUCGAUACCGCAUUAAAGAUACCUAGUAUAUCUUUAUAUUAAGCAGGCAUGUCAAUCAAGAAUUAUUUGAACGAAAGAAUAUCUAUAAAAAAAUAAGAGGAAGCACUUGAUCACGAAUCGCUGUAAUAACAGAUGAAAGAAAACGGAUUAUACGUGUAUGGAUUAACUGUAAAUAUCGUAAUACUUUCUUUUUUUCUUAUUGAUGGCAAUUAGGAUGGAGUAACAACAUGCCUGAAUGGCACAAUAUGGUGAUCUCACAAAGAGGAAAGACGAACAAAACUCUGAAAGCGAAUUCGCAUAAUAAGGCAAUUUUAGCGUGACUCUGAUACAGCAACCAAAAUGUAUGUCGAACUGUAUCGGGACAUUUUCGCGUGAUUGGUAAAUUGUAGUAAUGACUAGUCGUUUGAUAUCUAGCUGGUUGACACCAUACUGGAUACCUAGCAAUGAAGUAGGAUGUCUGUUAUAAGUUUCUAAUAGAUUACAAAUAUGCGCCAAAUAUAAUACGAAUAAAAAUAACGUAACUUACGUCUUUGUUUCGUAUUAAAUUUAACUUAAACUCGGUACUUUAAUCACAGUUAAACACAAGUUUAAGCAAGUCUUGAAUUCGCACGUACAGAAAAGAAUACGUAUCAGCGUAAUGGUUGCGGUACACGUACCAGAAUAAGUGGUGAAUGUACCAACGAUCCCCAAAAAAUCACCCACUACAAUAAUUGUAUGCGCUAAUGUAUACUAAUGUAAAUUAAAGCCGGUGUACACACAUCUACGUUGCGCAACUAACAUAAUCGAUCAAAAUUCAACAAAUAUUUAAUAAAAUUUCUAAAUUAUA